GCGGUGAGAAACAACAACAAGAACAACAAGAAACACACCGCAGACUUGGUUUGGUUUGAAAAGUGGACUUUGCUUGAAGUCAAUUUGUAUCAAUCAUGACUGAAGAAAACAGCGUGGGAGCGGAUCGUAACAUCGAUGAAGAUGAUCUCUACACUUUCCUGAACCUGCCAAGAGAUGCCACACGAGAGCAAAUACAACAGGCAUAUCGUCAAUUUAGCAGAAUUUACCAUCCAGACAAACAUACUGACCCUGCCAGGAAAAAAGAAGCAGAGACCCUUUUCCAGAAAACUAAAUAUGCCUAUGAAGUCCUUUAUGAUGAAGUACAGAGGGCUAUAUAUGACAAUUAUGGAUUGAAGAACCUUGAGGAGAUGAAGCAUGGGGAGCAGUGGGCUGUAGUUCAAAGGACAAUGACUCCUCAAGAAAUACGUGAAGAAUAUGAGAGGUUGGCAAGAGAACAAGAACAGAGGCAAUUGUACCUCCAAACAAGACCCAAAGGGCUAGUUAAAGUUCGAGUCAAUGCGACUGAUCUUUUUGAUAGCUAUCCUUAUGACAUGGAGAAUGAAGGGAAAAUGUUUGGUGAUAAAGCCAUUGAUAAAUGGAGAAGUGUAGAGGUAUCAGGAAUGUCAUUUUAUCAAUAUAUUGAAGCACCGCUUACAACACGAAAUAUUCUGUCUUUGUCAGGAGAACUAUCUACACAGAAUGGGACAGGUUCGGGUGUUUUGUCAUUAAGUAUUCGGAGGCUUUUAUCAAAUCGAGGAAGAAUAGCAUUCACUGUUGACGUUGGCAAUGGCCCAUCAUAUUCUUUCAGUGGGUACAGUACAUUUGCAAAACAUUACUUUUGUGACUAUGGAGUGGGAUUCCACUUUGACCCAGAAGGAAUAGGUCUCAACUUGCAUUCAGCUGUUGGUGUUAAAUUAGAUGACCAUCUAACUGGGAUGUUGGUUUUUAAAGGAGAGCGUGGCUUUUCUUCCUUGAGUACAAUUUUACAGUAUCAAGCAGAGAAACUGUCAUUAUCAUUUGGAAUUCAAUUAGGUAUUCCUGACACUAAUUUAAACUUCAGCUAUUCCAGAAGUGUUAUAGAUGAUUCUUUACGGUUGAAAUUUGGUGCCAGGUUUGGAACUCUAGGAGCACGGAUAUCAUAUGGUGCACAGAAGCAGGUGACUGAUCACAGCUCUGUUGGUGCCACUGUGACAGUUGGUGUUCCUCAUGGUGUCUCUUUGACAUUGAAAUUGACCCGGGCCGAUCAGACUUACCUUUUACCUGUGGAAAUGUGUGAAGAUAUACUGCCUGCUCCUGUAUUUUAUUCUUCAAUUUUACCUCUAGUGGGCUGGAUAGUCGUUAAAAAAUUCAUAGUUGAUCCCAUGGUUCGCAGCCAAGCCGAGAAAGACAAAGAAAAGCAAUGUAAAAUGAGAAAAAAACAGAUGGAACAGAAACAAAAGGAGGCUGAAGCUGCUGUCAAUUUAAUGAGAGCUCAAUUUGAGAGAGUUCGCACUGAGGAGGAGUCACGGGGAGGUCUCGUAAUUGUGGAAGCUAAGUAUGGACGUAUCAUCUCCAGUGGAGAUGUGCGUACUGCUGAUAGUUUAGAUCAGUCAGAGGUCAUUGAUGUCACCUUACCUGUACAGUGCUUAGUGAAAGAUUCAAAACUUAUCCUGUAUGAACCAUCUAAGUGUCAUCUCCCUGGCUUUUAUGACCCAUGUGUUGGUGAAGAUAAACAAUUGUGGGUGCAAUAUCUUUUCCAUAACAAUGUUCAUGAAGUAACUGUUAAAGAUAGUGAAAAUUUGCGGAUACCAAAAACAUCUCAUCGAGUCAAUACUUCAUCAUGAUGUUUGGCAGUGAC